AUGUUUACAUUUGAACGUAAUAUUAAUGGACUUGGUUCAGCUGGUAAUAAUGUUCAUUGUGAAAUAUUUAAAGUUGCUAAAACUCAUCUCUGUGAUCGAGCGAUGCCUGUUCGAUCAGCUGCUGCAAUGUGUUUAAUUGCUUUAAUUAAUCAAAAUAAUUUUAUGUAUACAAAUGAAUUUGAAGGAAAUGUUACAUUGGAUUUUCGUGCACUUGAUGCUGCAUUAUUAGCUGCAACACAAGAAACUAUUUCAAAUCCAAGUCAAACUAGAGAAUUUUUACAUGGAAAUAUUGGAUUUUUAAAAUCUAAUACUACUGAACGUAUUAAAGGGCCAAUAACCGUUCAACGUGUAAUACGAAUUGGUCUUACUCAUACUUAUGUCGAAUUAGCUCUUAGUAUUGCUGGAAAUCCUCGUUCAUUAAAAUCACAUGUUGAUUCAGUUUAUUCACGUAAAUGUAUUACAUUUAUUCUUCGUUCAGUAAUUGGUUCACGUUUGGGUGAAAAGGCACGAUUUGCUGCAGCUAAAGAACUUCCAGCAAUUAUAACACGUUUUAUAACAUUACAAUUAAUACCAAAUAAUAUUAAUUCAUCACCAACAUCAACAAAUGAAUUAAAUAUUUCAACGAGUUCAUCAUCACUUAAUUCAAGUACUAAUUCAAUCAUACAAUCUUAUGCAUCAUCAUCAACAAGUACAUUUGAUUUAUCAUCAUCAAAUAUUGAAUAUACUCAACAUAUAUUGAUUUGUGCUUUACAUGAACUUAGUUUAUUAGUACAAAGUUUUGGAACAUCAACAUCUUUAUUAUUACAAGAUGGUUGUCAUGGAUUAAUUGAUAUAUUAUUUUUAGUUAUUCUUAAUGCAUCACAUUCAGUAAGAUAA